CCUAUAUUGCAAAUGGCCGAGGCAUUAAAAAACAAUAUCGUGAUCGCGGCAAAAAGAGUAUCUUUAUUUCCUAUUUUAUCGUAUAAAUUCGACGAUCACGCACGUUCAAGUGUAAGAAAUUAGUGGUAUGCUGUCUCUAGACAGUAAUGAAACUCACCAAGAUGAGGAAACUGCCAGCGAGAAUGGAUCGGACGAUUAUCCAAGAAUACCUAUCACUAUGGGUGAACCGAAAGAAUGGACUUAUACAAUGAGAAGACACAUGCAGGAGGUGGUACCUGGAUUAUACCUUGGUCCGUACAGUGCAGCUAGUCGGUCGAAACUGCAAUCUUUAUUAGAACAUGGCAUAACUCAUAUAGUCUGUGUUAGGCAGGAUAUAGAAGCAAAUUUCAUAAAGCCUAACUUUCCCGACAAAUUCAAGUAUCUUGUUUUGAAUAUCGCCGACACAGCAACAGAAAACAUCAUUCAACAUUUUCAAAAAGUUAAAACGUUUAUCGACGACGGUUUAAAUUCUGGUGGUCAAGUCUUGGUACACGGCAAUGCUGGUAUAUCGAGAUCCGCGGCAUUAGUUUUAGCGUAUGUUAUGGAAACAUACGGACUCUCCCAAAUACGUGCGUACGCAAUGGUUCAACAAAGAAGAUUUUGUAUAAAUCCUAACGAGGGUUUCAUAGCACAAUUAAAAGAAUAUGAACCUAUAUACCAAGCACAAAAGACUUUAAAAAAUGGACAACAAAGUUCAGUGAGACAAAGAACUAAAAGGACUAUUCACCAAAUGGAUACGGAACGAGUGGAAGAUAGAUGCGAUGAAAUGGACAGUUGAUGUUAGUUGUGAAAAUGUUAAAGCUACCAAAAGACUUAUCCUAGACUAGGUAAAAAAGAGAUAGACUUGACGAAGAGUAGCACGCUAUACGUCGUCACGUUCUAAAAAAUACCUAGACAUAGGUAUAUUGUAAAAUCAAAUCCAAUUGCUAAUAUGAUAUAUAAGAAUCGAAAAUUUAUCGAAACAUCUUCGUAUACGUAUUAGCUAAACAAAUUGUUUAUCUAGAUAAACAUGACAUAGCUUUUGAAGCCGUCUAAAUUUUAGACUACAAUACACACUUAUAAUAAUCAAUAAACUGUAAAAAAAUUUUUAAACGUACGCGAUAUGAAUAAUAAUACUAUUUUUUAUUUAUUCAGCAUUUAAGUUGUUUAUAACUUGUUACAUACUUGCUAAGGAAAUAUAGAUAAUAUUUUUCA